AUGUGCACAGACUUCCAGAAUCAUCGAUAUGGAUUUAAGUUUGUGAGUUUUGACACUCUCAAUGCUCCUGGGUAUGAUUGCACCUAUUUAGUUGGAAGUAGUAGUAUUCAUGACUUGCUAGUCUUUUUAGCAUUUGGUGGUUUUUACUUCGUCUAUGGGCAUGGUGGGUGUGUUAAGACAUUUAUUUGGAAUGAACUUUCUUCUGCUAUUCGGUCUAGAGGAAAGAUUGUUUUAAAUGUCACAUCUAGUGGAAUUGCUUCUUUACUCUUACCUGGUGGCAGAUCGGCUCAUUCUAGAUUUUCAAUACCCAUUACAAUUACUGAUGAAUCUACUUACAACAUCAAGCAUGGCAGUUUGAAGGCUGAGCUGCUCAUCCAAAGUAGCUUAAUAAUUUGGGAUGAAGCUCCAAUGCUCAAUAAAACGUGCUUUGAAGCACUUGAUUGGACGCUCAGGGAUCUUAUGUCAGUUACCGAUCAACAUAAGACACAUCAACCAUUUGGUGAUAAGGUUGUUGUUCUAGGAGGUGAUUUCAGACAGAUACUUCCGAUGAUUCCGAAAGGAAGUAGACACGAUAUAUUGGCAUCCGAUAUUAACUCAUCCCAUCUGUGGUCAUUUUAUAAGAUUCUAAAACUGCAUAUGAAUAUGAGGCUUCUAAAAUCUUCUUCGGAUCAAGAUGAUGGCGAAAUGAAGAGAUUUGCUAAUUGGAUACUUGAUGUUGGAAAUGGAAAUAUUGGCUCUGUUGUUGGUGAUGAAUCAGAAGUUGAAAUUCAAGAUGAUCUAUUGAUUACAACUACUGAUGACCCUCUCUCUCAUUUGCUAGACUUUGCAUAUCCAAAUUUGUUGCAAAACAUGUCAGAUUACAGGUAUUUUCAGAGUAGGGCAAUUCUUGCACCCACGCUUGAGAGUGUCGAGAAGGUAGAUGAUUUUGCCUUGACAAUCUUUCCAGGGAUGGAAAAAGAGUAUUUGAGCUCUGACACAACAUGUCAAGCUGAUGAGAAUGAAGAUGUACAACAAGAGUAG